GUUCCGACCUGAGAUCAUCACACUCUGACUUUUGAAAACCGAUGCUUCCAAAGCUAUGUCCACGCAAAGCACAAGUGUGGCUUUUCUAAUUGGGACCAUUGUCAUCGUGUCCCUGAUGAAACCUGACUGCGUGGCUAUAACAAAAGAUGAAAGUGGAUUUAAACUCUGCGUCACAUUGAGGCGAGGGAUGAAAGACCUCUCCCAUCAGAAUCUAACUAGCGUUCCCUCAAAUCUUCCCAAUGAGACUCAAUUUUUGGAUCUUUCUUACAACUCCAUCCGAAGACUGAACGGAGCUCCGUUUUCUCCACUAUCCCAACUCUGCUUUCUGAAGGUAACUCACUGUGGCCUGCAAGAGAUUUCUCCCACCGUGUUCAGUCACACACCAGCACUCAAAGUUCUCAACAUAUCUUACAAUCAGUUACCUGUUGUCCCGGACAUUUCGUUGAGAUGGCUAAAAAUCCUUGAUCUGUCUAACAAUCUGUACAACAGCUAUCGACUUCCGGCAUCAUUUCAGGGGCUAAUAAAUCUGGAUGUGCUGUCUUUAGGUAGCACAGCUGCUUUGUCAGUCAACUAUUAUGACUUUAAUCCAUUGACAAAAAUUUCUCUGCAUCAUCUAAUGUUGGGGGCAGGAAUUCAUUGGCAGAAGUAUGAUUCUGGAGCUCUUGCCAAACUGAAAUCUCUUCAAAGUGUUUCAAUCUUUGCAUCUUUUUGUGGGGAUAUUGGCAUGUUUGAGAACGUCCUUGUGGACCUGAAUGUGACAAGAGCAACGUCAUUGAGAUUCAUCACUCUUUUUCCAGACAACUGCAGUGAGACCGUCAACCUUUUUAAGAACUUGAGAACAAUGCCAUUUGUAAAGAAUCUAACCAUUGAAAACACUUUGACCAACAGCUCAUUUAUGGAGGUGUUUCUGAAAAACGUGUGGCUCUCCUACAUUUAUGACCUCUCAUUUGUCAACAUUACUUAUAAUGAAGACACACCAGAUGGAUUUCAGUUUCGCACCAUCAAUCAUACAAUCAACCUUAGCUCAAUCACCUUCAAUGGAGUGAAUCACUAUCAGUACAGAUACCCAACAAUCAACAUGAGCGUGAAGGCGGCCUCAAAUCUGACCUAUCUCAAGUUCUCUGGGACUGGAAUGAACAUUUUACCUUGCAACCUCUUAUCUGCCCUGCCCUCGCUGGAGACACUGGAUCUGUCAGAUAACCUCUUAACGGAUUCGGGCUUCUGGUGGUUUCAUUGCUCGUACACCUCUGUCUUUCCCAAACUCAAGAGACUGUCUUUAAGCAAGAACCGUUUCAUCAGUCUUUCCUUCAUCUCUGGGAAGACGCAUCAGAUGAAGACGUUAGAGUCUCUGGACCUCAGCUUCAACUCCAUCUCCCUCGACAGGGAUUGCUCUUGGCCUGCUCAGCUGACCGAGCUCAGCCUGGGAAACAACAACUUGGGCAACAGAGUCUUUAACUUCCUGUCAGUACAUUUUGAGAGGAUUGACUUGUCAAAGACGGGUAUAACAGCAAUAACACAUGAGGAUGUGUCCUGGUUUCCCAAGCUGACACACCUGGACCUCAGCUCCAACAGUAUCCAGGUUAUGCCUGCUGAUCUCAGUGCCCCAGCCCUGCUCAGUCUCUACAUUGACCAUAAUGCUAUCACAACUAUAUCCAGGGAGGUCUUGGUGGGACUUCCCAGGCUUCAGACCCUAAAAGCUGGAAGCAAUCCUUUCGUCUGCUCUUGUGACUCCUAUUGGUUCAUCACUGUUCUCAACAAGUCUUUGCUUCUGGACUGGCCCUUAGAUUAUACCUGCAGCACCCCGCCAUCUCUUGCAGGCCUGCAACUCUCAGAGUACAAAACCAGUGAGCUGUCAUGUGAGAUGUGGCUUCAAGCUACAGUUGCUGUUCCUGUACUAAUAAUUACAUGUGCAGCCUUAGGUCUGGUUUUCUAUAAAUGUGAUGGAGUGUGGUACACAAAGAUGUUAUGGGUAUGGAUCAGGGUGAAAAGGAGGGGCAAGAAACGCUCCAACAUGUUGAAGAAAGUAUCAUUUGAUUAUCAUGCAUUCAUCUCCUACAGUCAUCAGGACGCUGACUGGGUGGACAGCCAACUGGUGCCUUCUCUGGAAGCUGCCGGGUGUUCACUCUGUGUUCACGAGCGUGACUUUGUCCCUGGUGAGUGGAUCAUAGACAACAUCAUCAACUGCGUUGAGUCCAGCUACAAGACCCUGUUCAUCCUAUCUAAACAUUUUGUUCAGAGUGAAUGGUGCAACUAUGAACUCUUCUUUGCCCAGCACAGAGCAAUCAGUGUCCAGCAGGACUCUUUAGCCUUCAUAUUACUGGAACCUAUUCCAACUGACUCUCUGCCCAAGAAGUUCUUAAGACUUAGGGGUUUACUGAGACAGCAGACAUACUUGGAAUGGCCCAAGGAUGAGUGCAAACAGCAAUUUUUCUGGACAAGUCUUAAAUCCAUGUUGCAUAUGGCAGACAAAUCUGUGGUUCUGAAGGAUGUGGCUUUGGCCAUUGCAGAUACAGUACCUCUACUUACAGAUCAUGUGUAAGAGCUCAACGGAUAGGUUCUCAUUUUGCAAAUCUACUUGACAAAGAGUUAUUAGUUGCUGUUGUUCAUACUACAUCUGCACUGGCUCUGAACAGAACUCUAAUUCAAUAGACUGAAUCACCAUGAUAUGGCACCAACAACAACAACCUCUUCCAGGCAGACAACUGGCAGUUGAUGUCAAUAUUG